AUGGACAAAACACCUCUCCGAAAAGACGGCUUCGACUGUUCUGCCUGUAACCAGCCCAAUUCGAUUUGCGACUUGGUCCAGUGCGAUCUGUGCCCAAGGUGGUGGCAUCAAUCGUGUGUAGGUGUUACCCCAUCGGUGGAACGCAGACCCUGGAUCUGUAAGUAUUGCUCAAAUGCUGGGAGCAGUCAAUCAUCCAGUACCACCACCAGUUCCCGGUCUCGCAGGCGGACGCUCCAAUUGCAGCAGCUGGAAGAAAAGCGCGAACUGGACCGCAAAGCGAGAGAACUGAAAGCCAAACUGGAUGAGAUCGAAGCGGAGCAGCUCUACGUGGUGGAAAAGUACAAGGUUCUUCAGGCGGGAGGGUCUUCCGACGAAGAAGACGAUGCCGGGUCUAUUCUACACACACCGGACGUCAAUCGAGUUAAAGAUUGGGUCGUCACGCAAGAGAAAGGAGGAAAUCAGCAGCAGCCACCAACGAGCAGCUCGAUUCCCCCUGCUCCACAAAGCGCUCCUCAUUUUACUACUCCUCGUAGGAAUCUAGGAGCUUCUCCCAAGCGGCGCAGCUACGUUCAACCACCCAAACCCGGGCCAUCAGGUUUAGGAUGGCAAAAUGGAUCCAAUCCAACAAAUUGGGAAAACAACUGGAAAUCGCUUUCGGUUGUCGGAGUUCAUCAAUGGGAAUCUUUGCUGCUGCAGAAAAACGUCGUUCGGAUGCAAGAUCCGAAAUUUCGACCGAUAGAUCAUAAUUCGGUUUCCGAAUCGCCGGUUAUUGAUCGUACGGUCCAGGAUUCUCAUUCGUCGUUCCAAGUACGAUCGGGACAAACACAGGGCGUUCCUAAUGCUUUACCAUCCGCCCCGAUUCCGAUGCGACGCACAAUGAUUCCAGUGCAAACCGUCCCGAAUCCAGUGCAGUCUGAGACGGUUCAGCCUACAGUGGAAAACAUCGAGCAGGCGAAACAGUAUGGACAUUCCAGGGUGCCGCGUGAGCUCGAGGCAGUGGUUCCCAAUCCAAGCUCCCGAAUGCCGAGCCGAUCAUCGAUUCCCGAGCCCAAUCCGAAUAGUUUCAACAAUCAACGGGGUCCUGAUCCAGCAACCUUCCAUCAACCGAUGUCGGGUUCAGUGAUGCCCAAUCCUACAACCGAGUCUCAACAAUCGAAAAACCAUCCGGAGGUUUCACAACAACGACUGGUAAAACAUCCUCCCUCUCACCAAGCUCAAGGUAAGACCGAACCAUUACCCUCUUGCUUCGAACAAUAUAUGCCACCAAAUAUUGCCCAUCCGUCAAUAUAUUCCCACAAUGCUCCAAUCAACAUUGCCCCUGAUAAUUAUGAUCAUGCAACUAAUUAUGCCCAAAUUCCCACAAAUUAUGCUUCUCACAAUUCUGGCCAUAAUAGAGACAGCAAUAUAGACCACCUCGCCCCCCUUAUCACACAACUUGGCUUGGGUCCAAACGAACUUCCGGAUUGCACCCACUUUCUUAACACCUAUCAACCAACAUCCUCUCAACUACUAGCUCGACAAGUGUUUCCUCGAGACCUUCCAACUUUCGAUGGCAAUCCCAAUGAUUGGCCGUUGUUUAUCAGCAGUUUCACAAAUUCUACCUUAGCUUGCGGCUAUAGCCCAGUUGAGAACCUCGGUAGACUGCAACGUUGUUUAAAGGGUUCUGCCCUGGAAUCUGUUCGCAGCCGACUUCACAUUCCAGAAUCGGUUCCUUUCAUUAUGGAAACACUCCGCUUUCUUUAUGGGCGUCCAGAACUUCUCAUCAAUGCCCUACUGGACAAAGUGCGUUCCGUUCCCGCACCGAGAGCGGAGAAGCUUGCAUCGUUUAUCGAUUUUGGGAUUGCGGUUCAAAGCCUUUGCGGUUAUUUGGAAGCCGCCAAUCAUCAAGCUCACCUGUCAAAUCCGUCAUUGUUGAAUGAGUUGGUCAACCGUCUCCCUUCCGAAUAUCAAUACAAGUGGGUGGAAUAUAUUGAAAGUGAAGAUCCAGUGGACCUGAAAACAUUCGCACGGUUUGUAUCCAGAAUAGCGAAGACAGCGAGUUGUGUGGCCGUGUACCAGGGAGCAGUUCCGAGAGAGGAUAAACCGAAGCCCAAACGUGGUUCGCUAAACGUGCACCUAGAGGCCGCUGAGGAGAAUCAAACGCCGGUAGAAAAACUCUGCCCAGCCUGUUUUCAAAACCAGCAUCCGCUCAAAGAGUGUAGUAAGUUUAAAGCGUUUAACGUCGACGAGCGGUGGGAAUAUGUGGAGCAACAAGAAGUCUGUCGCAACUGUUUGAACUAUCAUGGAAGGCGAUCCUGUCGCAUCAGCGGUAGGUGUGGGGUCAACGGUUGUACGUUCCGCCAUCAUCCGCUUCUACACUCUGGACGUACAAAAAUCCCUUCAAAUCCGCGGCAAUCCGGUUCAGGCACAGAAGAUACAAACAGAGCAACGACGAAGAACCCCGCUAGCUCCGCAGCACCGCCUACAACACCAUCUGUUCCGGCCAUACAAGCAAGUGGCAGUAGUUAUAUCCAUCGUAGUCCGGAGCUGACUUUCUUGUUCAGGAUUCUUCCGAUCACCGUUUACGGGAACGAAAAGGCUGUGGAUACUUUCGCUUUCGUCGACGAAGGGUCAUCGAUUACGCUAGUCGAAGACUCGUUGGUAAAAGAGCUCGGAGUAGAAGGUAUUCCACAAGUUCUGUGCCUUCAAUGGACAGGGGAUAUGACGCGCACCGAACACGAUUCUAAGCUGGUCGAGUUAAAGGUUUCUGGUCCGAGCAAAAAUAAAAUACGCCUGAGUGAUGCGCGUACGGUGAGCAACCUUGGCCUCGCCACCCAAUCACUGGAUUACGUCAGUUUGGUACGAGAUUAUCCACACUUAAAAGGACUUCCGAUUGAUAGCUACACCGAUGCAAUGCCCAGGAUCCUGAUUGGUGUCAACAACCUACAUAUGACCGUUCCGCUUCGGGUCAAGCAAGGUCGUGCGCACGAGCCUAUGGCAGCGAAAACAAAGUUGGGUUGGUGUAUCUAUGGAGGCAUGUCAUCGGAGCACACACCGGUGCAGGUGAACUAUCACGCGUGUAGCUGCUCGCAGGAUGAUUCUCUUCACAAGGUUGUGCGACAAUAUUUUGAGCUCGAAGAUAUGGGGAUUCAUGCCACUACCAAACUCGAAUCGGAUGCAGAUACAAGAGCGCGUCAAAUUUUGGAGGAAUCGACACACAGGCAAGGAGAACGUUUCGAGACAGGUCUGCUGUGGAAAUACGAUCAGUUUGAAUUCCCUGACAGCUAUCCGAUGGCCUUCAAACGAUAUGAAUGCCUGGAGAAGAAGAUGAUUCGAAAUCCGGAGUUACGGCAGAACCUUACGAAGCAGAUGGAGAGCUACCAAGCCAAGGGCUACGCACACCGAAUUACCGAGGCCGAAUUAAGGAAUUCGGACCCUAGACGAGUCUGGUACCUACCGCUAGGUGUAGUGGUAAACCCGAAGAAACCCGGGAAAGUGCGAAUGAUCUGGGAUGCAUCAGCGACAGUAGACGGUAUUUCACUCAACACCAUGCUGCUCAAAGGACCUGACGAGCUAGCUCCUCUUCCCUGGGUCCUUUUCCGCUUCCGCCAGUUCCCGGUGGCCGUUUCCGGGGACAUCGCGGAAAUGUUUCACCAAAUCCGUAUCAACAAACGCGAUAGACAAGCGCAGAGAUUUCUUUGGAAGCCGGAAGGAAGCAGUCAACCUGAAAUCUACGUGAUGGAUGUCGCUACGUUCGGUUCAGCGUGUUCACCAGCGUCAGCGCAAUACGUGAAAAACAGGAACGCCCAAGAAUUCAAAAACACUAGUUCACGCGCGGUUGAAGGAAUAAUCAAAGGCCAUUACGUUGACGACUAUGCCGAUAGUUUCAUCACCAUAGACGAGGCUGUGGAAGUAGCCACAGACAUCAAAUCGAUACACGCUGCAGGCGGUUUCAAUAUCAGAGAUUGGAGGUCAAACCACAUAGCCGUUUUGGAUGCUCUUGGUGAGAAAGAUACCUCUGAACCCAAGCCUCUCAAACUAGAGACGAAUUUAACUACCGAAAGGGUGCUCGGAAUGCACUGGCUGCCACACGAAGACGUUUUAGGUUAUUCUACAACCCUAGCACCGGAACUGCAAGAAUUAGUGUCGUCGAAACGUAAACCAACGAAGCGUGAAGCACUGCGCUGCCUUAUGUCGUUCUUCGAUCCAUUGGGAUUGCUCGCAGCGUUCGUUCUACAUGGGAAGAUUCUACUCCAAGACGUUUGGCGCGCUGGAACUCAGUGGGAUGAAGCCGUGGGAGACCAAGAAUACGAGAAAUGGUUGCGCUGGAUUGAAGGAUUUCCACUCAUUGAUGAUCUGCAGAUCCCUCGAUGCUACUUCAACAACGUCGACUACGACGAUGUACAACUUCACAUCUUUGUGGAUGCCAGCGAAGAUGCUUGCGCUGCCGUUGGAUACUUCCGUGUUCCAAAUAAUGCCGGGGGAUACGCUUGUGCACUAGUUGCAGCGAAAACAAAAGUCGCUCCUUUGAAGCAUUGGUCCAUUCCACGCCUGGAGCUUCAAGCAGCUGUAAUGGGUACCCGUUUGAGGAAAUUCGUCGAAGAGGGGCACACUCUUUCCAUAAAGCGAUGCGUUCUGUGGUCAGACUCCAGUACUGUGUUGGCCUGGAUACGCUCCGAUCAUCGGAGAUAUACACAAUUCGUGGCAUGCAGAGUAGGCGAAAUCCUAACCAACUCCAGCAUCUCGGAGUGGCGAUGGAUUCCAUCGAAGCAAAACGUCGCCGACCUCGCCACCAAGUGGGGACAAGGCCCACCACUGACAUCUCAAAACGCCUGGUUCUGUGGUCCAGCUUUCCUCAAAGAAGACGAGUACGAAUGGCCGCAACCAAGGAAGCCGAACGACACCGAGGAGGAGUUGAAGACGGCACGCCAAAUUUCCUGUCCCCACUCCGCCGUUGUAGCUCCAAUUGUAGUCGUCGACGCCAGUAGGUUUAGCAAAUGGGAGCGAAUACUGCGAACUGUCGGAUACGUGCAUCGCUACAUAAAUCGCCGAGUCAACCAAAACGAAUUGGUAGCAGCUGAAAACUCGUUGUUCUGGAUGGCACAACAACAAUCGUAUCCUGCUGAAACAUCCCUACUUCAACGAAGUCGACCAGAGAAUUCAAGCCGGCAGCAUCGUCUCCCAAGACACAGUCAACUUCACCAUAUAAACUCCUUCUUAGAUGAAAAUUCCGUUCUCAGAGUAGAUAGCCGAGUUGGAGCAGCCAGAAACGUCGCAAUGACAGUCCGAUAUCCAGUUAUUCUUCCUCCGUCUCACAGAAUCACGGAACUGAUCAUCGACUUCUAUCAUCGAAAAUUUCUACAUGCCAAUUUCGAAACUGUGGUUAACGAACUUCGCCAAUCCUUCCACAUAUCGAAAAUAAGAACUACAGUUAAGAAAAUUAUUCGUCAAUGCCAGAACUGUAAGGUAUACAAAUGCAAACCCCAGGUACCAAUGAUGGGCCCACUGCCCGAGGCUCGUUUAGCCUCAUUCGUACGACCAUUCAGCUACGUUGGCCUAGAUUUGUUUGGUCCGAUCUUGGUAAAGAGAGGAAGGAGCUCGGUGAAACGAUGGGUGGCUCUAUUUACCUGCUUAACGAUCAGAGCCGUCCACGUCGAAGUAGUCCACAGCCUCACAACAGAAUCCUGCAUUAUGAGCAUCCGGCGCUUUGUUGUUCGCCGAGGCGCACCACUGGAAAUCCAUUCGGACAACGGAACCAAUUUCCGUGGGGCUGACAACAUCCUUCAACAACAAAUAGGCCAGUUUCAGGAAGAUUUGGCAGCAACCUUUACUAACACUCACACCAAGUGGAUUUUCAUACCUCCAGGAACGCCGCACAUGGGUGGAAGCUGGGAGCGUAUGGUACGCUCAGUUAAAACGGCCAUGGAAAAAAGCUUGUGCGUAGGACGGAAGCUCGACGACGAAGCCCUGAAUACGUUCGUGGUGGAAGCUGAAGGUGUUGUCAACUCGCGUCCUUUGACGUACCUACCACUGGAUAGCGAGGAAGCUGAAUCACUGACAUCGAACCAUUUCUUGCUUGGCAGCUCCAACGGCGUAAAACAACCGAGCAAGCAAUUUGUGGAUGAAGCUGUUGCUCUGAAGAACACCUGGAACCAAAUAGAAUCACAGUUGGACAUGUUCUGGCGUCGUUGGGUCCGGGAGUAUUUACCCACCUUGGCUCGUCGUACAAAGUGGUUCAACGAAGUCCAAGAGAUUGGUGUGGGGAAUCUAGUUGUGAUCGUGAACGAAUCUAAAAGAAAUGGGUGGGUGCGAGGUCGGGUUCUGGAAGUCUUCCCCGGGACAGACGGGAGAGUUCGGCAUGCAAUAGUGCAAACAAACAAAGGGUUAUCAAGGCAAUCGGUCAGUAAAUUAGCGGUGUUGAAUGUUGAGCAAACUGGUGACUCUGAGCCAGAUGCUGGCAAUGGUCAGCGUCACGAGGGGGAGGAUGUUAAGAACGGCAACACUGGAUAA